AUGGCGACGAAGAAGAGCGUAGGUUCGUUGAAGGAGGCUGAUCUGAAGGGGAAGAGAGUCCUCGUCAGAGUGGAUCUCAACGUACCGUUGGAUGACAAUUCCAAAAUUACAGAUGACACCAGGAUCAGAGCUGCCAUUCCAACCAUCAAGUACUUGAUCGGCUAUGGCGCUAAAGUCAUUCUCGCCUCUCACCUCGGGCGUCCGAAAGGAGUCACGCCCAAGUACAGUCUGAAGCCUCUUGUUCCCAGACUCACCGAGCUCCUUGGGGUCGAGACGAAGAUGGCGAACGACUGUGUCGGCGAGGAAGUUGAGAAGCUGGUGGCUGCGUUGCCCAACGGAGGUGUUCUCCUUCUCGAGAAUGUUAGGUUCUAUCCCGAAGAGGAGAAGAACAAUCCCGAUUUUGCCAAAAAGCUCGCUUCCCUCGCCGAUUUGUAUGUCAACGAUGCAUUCGGGACUGCACACAGAGCCCACGCUUCGACGGAGGGCGUUACCCAAUACUUGAAGCCCUCUGUUGCUGGAUUCCUCAUGCAGAAGGAGCUAGAUUAUUUGGUCGGAGCUGUCGCCAAUCCGAAGAAGCCAUUUGCUGCGAUUGUUGGUGGUUCAAAGGUUUCAACUAAAAUCAGCGUUAUUGAGUCGCUUCUAGCGAAGGUAGACUUGCUGUUGCUCGGAGGAGGGAUGAUCUUCACUUUCUACAAAGCACAAGGGCACUCGGUUGGAUCCUCGCUAGUCGAGUCUGACAAGCUCGAUCUUGCGACUUCACUUUUGGAGAAAGCCAAGGCUAAGGGUGUAACCCUUUUGCUACCUACUGAUGUGGUUGUUGCCGACAAGUUUGCUGCCGAUGCCAACAGCAAGGUUGUUUCGGCAUCUGAAAUUCCCGAGGGGUGGAUGGGCUUGGACAUCGGACCGAAUAGUAUCAAGUCUUUCAGCGAAGCUUUGGACAAAACCAAUACCAUCAUCUGGAAUGGUCCCAUGGGCGUCUUCGAAUUCGACAAAUUCGCUGCAGGAACAGAGGCCAUUGCUAAAAAGCUGGCGGAGCUUAGCGACAAAGGAGUGACUACAAUCAUAGGAGGCGGUGACUCGGUGGCUGCAGUAGAGAAGGUUGGUCUGGCAAACAAGAUGAGCCACAUCUCGACUGGAGGCGGUGCCAGCUUGGAACUUCUUGAAGGGAAGACGUUGCCCGGUGUGCUAGCCUUGAACGACGCAUAGGCAUUUUUCGUUGCGCCGUUGAGGUCAAUCCAAGAGUUUCAUCGCAUGUGCUAUAGUUGGUCUUAAUGAGUCUUUACCCCUAAUGUUAACAACAAAAACAUCUUUCAAGGCUGGCUAUGGUUCUGUUCAAUAACAAAAUGCAUUAUUGUUCGUCUGAACUUUCAAUGCCAAACAAUUCGAUUACAUUUUCUCA